AUGACAUCCCCGGAAGUCAUCAAAUUGGUCGUCAUUGGUGAUGGUGCUGUCGGUAAGACUUGCUUAUUGAUCAGCUACGCCAAUAACAGAUUCCCAGAAGACUAUAUUCCAACAGUAUUUGACAACUAUGUAGUGAAUCUCACUGCAGGUGAAAGAAACAUAGAACUUGGAUUGUGGGAUACUGCAGGUCAAGAAGAAUACGAUAAACUCAGACCACUCAGUUACGCCAACGCCAAUGUAUUUCUAAUUUGCUUCUCUAUUACCAAUCCCGUAUCUUAUGAAAAUGUUUACACUAAAUGGUACCCAGAAGUUAUGCAUUUUUGUCCAGACGUUCCACAAAUUUUAGUCGGAACCAAGUUGGAUACACGUGAAGAUAGAGGAAUUGUUGAAAAGCUUGAGGCUCAACACCAAAAACCUGUCAGCAUCGAACAAGGACAAGAUUUGGCAAGAAAGAUUAAAGCAGUCAAAUACAUGGAAUGCUCAGCAAAGACUUCUUUAAAUCUCAAACAGGUAUUUGAUGAAGCCAUUAAAUCUGUCUUGAUGAUGAAGAGAAAGAAGAGAAGAGGUUGCCUCCUCCAAUAA